AUGAGUUUGAAAUCCGAAACAGACCUUCAGGUUGCCAUCAGAAAGGCUUGUUCGAACGAUGAGACCGCGCCCAAGCGUAAACAUGUCAGAUCGUGUAUUGUCUACACAUGGGACUACAAGACAGGUGCUCCUUUCUGGAAAUCGUUCAAGUUGAUUCCCAUCCAAAACAAUGAGAUCAAGGUCUUUAAGGCCCUUAUUACGAUGCACAAGGUGUUGCAAGAAGGUCAUCCCAGUGUCAUCAGUUCUGGAUACAGAAACAGAGACUGGAUCGAGAGUCUUGGCAGGGUCACCCCUGGAGAAGGCUUCAAGAACUACGGAAGGAUCACCAAUGAGUAUGUUGGGUACAUCCUCAGAAAGCUGAACUUUCAUUAUCGUCACCCUGGUUUCAACGGUACUUUUGAGUACGAGGAAUACGUCUCAUUGCGGGUAGUAAGCGACCCCAAUGAGGGCUACAAUGCCAUUCUGGACCUGUUGUCUUUGCAAGACUAUAUCGAUGAUCUUCAGAGACUGAUCUUCGCUAGUGUGGGCGAAUCGCGCUCCUCAGAGUGCAAAGUGAGUGCUCUAGUGCCUUUGAUUGCCGAAUCGUAUGGUAUCUACAAGUUCAUCCUUUCGAUGUUGCGGGCAAUGCACCAUUCCUCGGACUCGGAGGAGCUGCUGGAGCCUUUGAGAGAACGGUUUGUAUCCCAGCAUGCAAGAUUGUACGACUUCUAUGCUGAUUGCUCGUCUAUCCGUUACUUGAACUCUUUGGUGACCAUCCCUAAAUUACCUUUUGAUCCUCCAGACCUGCUUGCUGACGAUGCUGAUGCUCCUCCUUUGCCACGGGCUCCUUCAACGCAGCCCUCGUCAAUUCCCUCCAAGGCUCCUUCUCCUGAGCCCUUGGUGUCUCAGUCUACCGCUGCCGUGUGGGAUGCUGAAGCCCAGAGAAGACAGCAGCAGUACGAGAUGGAGCAGCAACGGAUUGCUCAGGAGCAGCAGCAGCAGCUAUUGCUUCAACAGGAGCAGCAACAACGGGCUCAGCAACAAUGGGCUCUUCAGCAGCAACAGCAGGAACAAGCGCAAAGCAGAGCUCAGGAGCAAUUGAUUGCCGACCAGCUUUCCAGACAGGCCCAAGGCAGAGUUGCUGAGGUGGAAAGAGACUUGCUGGCUUUGCGUGGACAAUAUGAUCGUGAUCAGUUGAUGCUCGAGCAAUAUGACCAGAGAGUCAAGGCUUUGGAGAACGAGCUUUCUGUGACCACUCAAACUGCUCAGCAGCAACUGGGGUCUAAAGAUGAACUCAUCAACGGAAUUCAGGAACAGAUUCAGAUGUGGCAUGGCAAAUACGAGUCGUUGGCCAAGCUUUACAGCAAGUUGAGACAAGAGCAUUUGAAUCUGCUUGCCAAGGUCAAGAAGAUUCAACAGAAGGCUGCGAGUGCCCAAGAAGCCAUUGAUAGGCGUGAAAAGCUCGAGAAGGACUUGAAAGCCAAGAACAUUGAGCUUGCUGAUCUUAUUCGUGAAAGAGACCGUGCCAGACUUGAUCUUGACAGAAUCAAGGGAGGCAAGAAUGGCGAGAUCGAGAAGCUAGAAACCCAGGUCAGAGAGCUCGAAGACAGGUUGGCUACCACCGAGAGAAGUCAGUCUUCAAACUUGUCUUCACUAUUUGCCCAGCACAAUCGCGAAGUCGAGGAGCUUCAAGCCAAGCUCAAGAAUGGGUUAUCUGUUUCUGAUCCGGGCAGACUCCAGCAUCUGGAAACCACGUUGAAGGAGAGAGAAGCUGAGCUCGCCAUGGUCAACCAAACCAUGGAAGAAACUGUGAGAGAGCUAGCCAAUCAGCAGCAAGAGAAGGAUGCCGCUAUUGACGAGCAGAUUGACGAGGUCCUGAAGGCUAAUCUCUCCAAGCUGACCAGCUUGGUUGAUGCCAUUCUCCAUAGUGGUAUUAAGCGCAUUCAGGAUGGUGUCUUUGAACUGGACUCUCCAAUGCAAGCAGGCAACCAGAACAGUUCACCUGAGUAUCUCUCAUCGAUUAUCGAAAAGAGUUCAGAUUUGGCGACAGAGUUCGCGACUGCCUUUAAUGGGUUCAUUGCUGAUGGCCCUGCUGGUGACCAAGUGGCCGUGAUUGAAAGCAUCACGAACUUCACCACCUCCAUUGGAGACUUGUUAUUGAACACCAAGGGAGUCACUCGUUUGGCCAAAUCUGACGAUUUUGCAGAUGACUUGGUUGAUACUGCUAGAGACGCUGCCCAAAUCUCCGAGGUAUUCUUGGAGGGUUUGGUCUCAUCCAAUCUGGCAGGUCUAUCAGACGAUGAUAAGACUGACAGAGCCAUUAAUGGCAAUCUGGAUGUUCAGGAAGUUCUCCAGGACCUCUCCAAGUUGGUGGAUGCACUUAUUCCAAGGUCUAAUGCUGGUGCCAGAAUGAAAUCUGGUGACCUGGGCGAAUUGGUCGACGAGGAGAUGCAAAGCGCAGCCAAGGCAAUUGCCGACGCUUCAGCUCACUUGAGCAGUUUGAUCUCAAGACCUGUGGAUCCAUCUCUUUCAGCGAUUGACAUGGAAGUCAAUAAAGCCAUUCUGGCUGCUGCAUUGGCAGUUACCAAUGCGAUUGCACUUUUGAUCAAGGCGGCUACGGAAUCCCAGCAGGAGAUUGUCAACCAAGGACGGGGUUCGAACUCACGUACGUCCUACUAUAAGAAGCACAAUAAAUGGACUGAAGGCCUGAUUUCGGCUGCUAAGUCCGUCGCUGGUGCCACAAAAGUUCUUAUUCAAACCGCGGACGGUGUCCUGUCGUCAUCCAAUUCGCCUGAGCAGUUAAUUGUUGCUUCCAACGAAGUUGCAGCCUCUACGGCGCAACUUGUUGCUGCCUCUAGGGUUAAAGCCACGUUUAUGUCGAAGUCCCAGGAUAAGUUGGAGAGUGCCAGUAAGACUGUCACCUCGGCCUGUAGAGCUCUGGUCAACAGGGUUAAGGAGAUUCUGGACAACAGAAACGGCGAUGCUAACGGCAAAGACUCUGUUGACUACUCUAAGCUUAGUUCCCAUGAAAACAAGACUGUGGAGAUGGAACAGCAGGUGGAGAUUCUGAAGUUGGAGAACGCUUUGUCUAGCGCGAGAAAGAGACUGGGCGAGAUCAGAAAGUACAGCUACAGGGACGAGAGUGACGAAGAAUGA